AUGACCCCAAACUUUCGUCCGCGUUUUAUGAGUGCCACCCACGUUCCAUCCUCGACGGAGCGCCUCAUGAAUCCGUUCUACCACUCUCAAGUGCGGCUACCACCGUAUCGAGCUCGUUACCUACAACGCUUUCACCCAUAUCCGCGAGACCAGUCAUCCGGCUGGGCUCGCGAUGUUGGAGAUUCCGAUUUUGAAUGGGACGAUUUCCUGGAGGCACGUCUAUUCAUUCACGGUGUGAACAUGGAGUUGGGGCAAAGCCUCUUUGCCAUGGUUGUACAAACUCAGCGGCUUAUGUUUACAUCCUCACAGAUGGUGGACGCGUUUCAACGGCUUGACAUUAAUUCUGUUCCACGCCCCGACAAUGUGUACGCGUUUCCCACUCAUGCAGCGAGUGAAGAGCAGGUAGAAAUUCAGCAACAUGAUGGACAUCGAGCGGCUGAUUCCAGCACGGCCAGCCUUGUAUCUGCCGGGGUCGAGACGCAGACUAUAGAUGCCGUGGCUCCACAUCGUAGCAGCGAUUCAAACAGGGUGCCCGGGGUCGAGGACUCGGACAUUGUGACACCCACGGGUGAGGAAGACAACCAGGGAGAUCGCUUAGACACGGGAAAUGCCGUUUCCCAUGUGCUUCAAGAAGCUUCUUCAUCAACCCACCCCAUGAUCGCACUAGCCCAUGACUGUCGCAGUGUGAGCCUAGUCGAGGUUUGA